AGAACUAUUUAUGGAAUGUGAAGAAGAAGAGUUGGAGCCUUGGCAGAAAGGGAAUAAAGACGAUGAAGAUGAUGAUGAUGAGCCCAUUUUUGUGGGAGAGAUAACAAGCUCCAAAACCUCCAGUUAUCCAAGUACAUUGACUGUACUUCAGCCCCGGACUUCAUAUGAUCAUCUCAGGAGGGCAUUAUGCUAUCAGAAAAUCCCUUGCUAUUGGUUUCCCCACAGUGGCAUAGUGUCAAAUUGGAGGAAGCACCCUUAUCAGGGAACUAAUCUUCAAAUGAUUGGCAACUCUACAAAAAACAAUUCAUCCUUCCAUCCCGUUGAUAAGUGCUGCAGUGGAACGGUUUCUGGGAGUUGGUGCUAAAUAUCUCAAGAUUAACUGUCAGUGACUGAGCCACUCAAAACCACCCUUGUUUCUUCCACUAUCGGGAACCUGUUUUACUUUCAGAUCGUGUAAGAAAAUCAGGUGAUAAAGCAGGAGACACCACUUUUAAUGUAACAUCGCGAGGAGCAAUGCAAAAUGGACUUAGCAGAGGCAUGACGGUCUCCUUUAGUAGUGGUGCAUCUGCAACAAUCCAAUCAAUUAACCAACAGACUACUCCAUCAAAUUCUAACACAAUGGGUGUGUAUCAGCCAGGAUCACAAACUAUGCCUGCUGCAUUAACCACACAGCCAGUGGUCUUAACACAGGGCUUUGCUGUAAAAGAUAUGUGUUCAUCGACAACUGUGUCUCAGAGUUCAGGUGGAGGAACGUACAAUGCAAGACAGAAUCCAAGUCUAACUCGCUUUCAAAACAGAUCAACAGUUCCUGUCCUUUCUGGAGUCACACCACAGUUAGGAAGAACAGGACUUUCUCAAUUAAGACCAGUUGCUACUGGUAGAGCAAUUCCAAAUAUCAACUAUAAUUCCUCUCAAGUGAAUUCAUCUGUAUCGAAUGUUUCUACAAGUUCAAGUGGGCAAAAGUUGCAGAGAAACUCUCCAAAACCUCUUCAAACAACUCAGAUCCUUAACCAUGCCAGUGGAAUAGGUAAAACAAAUGCAGCCAAGGGCACGAAUGUCAGCAACAAGCGCCCAGCAAUCUGUGAGAUCAACAAUAUUUCUUCAAAGAAAUCAAAAAGCAUUGAAGUUGGAUCGGGAAGCAAUCCAGCAAUUUUAUCACCAUCUUCAACCAGUUGUCCUGCAAUGUUGUCAUCAUAUAGCAGUGCAUCAAAAGGAUCGCAAAGUAAUAUUAAAAAUGGAGUACCGUUCCCAAGGGCUUGUCCAAAGUGCAACAUUCACUUCAAUGUCUUGGAUUCUUUACGGCAGCAUAUGGUUUUCUGUUGUCCAGAUCUGGUGUCCAGCUACUGUCCUGUACCAUCAUCCGAACAAUCGUCAAACAAAGUGUUAGAGAUUGACAAAGGGAAACUUAUUAUGUUGGUCAAUGAUUUUUACUAUGGAAAAGAUGAUGGUGAUGCUCACCUGAAUCAACAAGAUCAGAAGACGAAUACAACAUUCAAGUGCUACAGUUGUCUGAAGAUCCUUAAGAAUAACAUAAGGUUUAUGAACCACAUGAAGCAUCACAUGGAAUUAGAGAAGCAGAGCAGUGAGAGCUGGGAAAACCACACCACUUGUCAGCACUGUCACCGUCAGUUCCCUACACCAUUCCAGCUACAGUGCCACAUUGAAACUGCUCAUAGUCCAUAUGAGUCAACAACGAUUUGCAAAAUUUGUGAGUUGUCCUAUGAAUCUGAGCAAGUACUUCUGCAGCAUAUGAAAGACAAUCAUAAACCAGGGGAAAUGCCAUAUGUUUGUCAGGUAUGCAACUACCGUUCAUCAAUGUAUUCAGAUGUGGAUAACCAUUUCCGCAUUGUUCAUGAAAAUACCAAGCAGCUGCUUUGCCCUUUUUGCCUUAAGGUCAUUAAAAGUGGAAAUGCUUAUGUUCAGCAUUAUAUGAGACAUCAGAAAAAAGGAGUUUACCGUUGCAGCAAGUGUAAGCUUCAGUUCUUAACCUGUAAAGAAAAAAUGGAUCACAAAACGCAACACCAUAGGACAUUUCGAAAACCUAUGCAGUUAGAAGGUCUACCUCCUGGAACAAAGGUUACUAUUCGUGCUUCCAUGACACCUUAUCAGGUGGGAUCACCUUCCAUGCCUUCAGUUAACACUGCAAACGCACUCCAGGGCUCCUCAUCAGUCACAAUAAACACUAAAUUGCAAUCAACAACUAUAAACCAAGUUAAUACUGGAGGAAGUUCACUGCCAUCACCGUACAUUAAGCAAGAGGCAAAGAAAGAAAAUCUAGCCAACAAAAAAAUAACCAAAUCUUUUAACUUGGUGCUGCGAUCUUUCAGGGCCGGAUGUGGUGUUCACAAAUGUAUUGAGUGUGACUCAGAAAUUAAAGUAUUUGCCAAUCACUUUUCCACUUAUGCCCAUUGCUCAUUUUGUCGAUUCAGAAGUAGCUGCAAUCGAUCUUAUGUGGCUCAUUUGAAAAGGUUUCAUACUGUCCCAAGUAAGAAUAAAUUUUUGAUGUUCAGAGAAUUUUCAAACAAAUUGAGAGAUAUCAAACUGGUGUGUGCUAACUGUCCAUUUGAAGCUGAUGUUACUGGCUCAGAUGCCAUGGCAAAACAUCUUGUUCAAAACCAAAACCAUGGCUGUCUUAUUGUUUCAAUGUCUAGUGCUUCCAGUGCUGUUGACAAUAAUGUGUUCAAGGGAAGUGAGGAUAUUUCGAUAGCUGAGGAAAGGAAGAAGUCAGAAGAGGAACCAUCUUCCACCUUAGCUUUUGCAGAAAGUUUGGAAAUUGAUUUAUCUUCUGAUGGAAGCCAGCAGAAGACUGAUCAGCCUUUAAAAGCUGAGGUUGAGUGUCCAUCUAUGGAAGCUGUGCCUUUACCAAAUUGCGACAAGUUAAGUGGUCAUCAAGACAAAAUAAGCUCGAUUGAAAACAUAGAAUGUAAUGAAAGCACCGAGAAAACAACAGAUGGUCUACUGCCUGAAUUGACUACGGACAAGCAAAGCAACACUGGAAAGACGGUACAGGAUGAUUCCUCAGAUGGCGAACCUGCAGCUCUUAACACGGCUCAGACUUUUAAUUCAGUUGAUAAUGAUGUAGAAAUAAUACAUGAUGAAUUUGAGGACAGCGCUGUUUGUGAUGAAACAAAAGAUUGCGAGACCCUUGAGGAUACCAUGCAGAAGUGUAAACAGACAGGGGACAAGGGAUUGGAUGGACAAAACUGUACUCGAGACAAGGGUGAUGAUGCAAAUGUAGAACAGGAUAAGGAUCACAAAGAAGAUGUUUCUUUUGAAAAGUUUUUUAGGAGCAAAGAUGAACCAGAAGCUGUUGGUUCUGAUGUGAGUGAGCAGGGCAGCAUCCAGCUGGAGCCACUCACUCCUUCUGAGGUUUUAGAGCAUGAAGCUACUGAGAUUCUACAGAAAGGGAGUGUGGUGACCUCCACUAAGAAAAAGGGAGCAACUGUUUCUGAGUAUGUAGAGGAAAGUACUAAAGAGACCAGUCCUAGCUCAAUACUCUUGAGCUCAGAGCAUCUAGAAGAAAAUAAGAGCUGAAGUCUUGGGUGGGACAUUUGAUUAUCUGAUUGGACUUUAUUCAUACAGACAGAUACACACCAAGCACACAAAUACUUGUACUGUUAAAGGCUUUGAUAUUCUUAUCCUGUUCAGACUAGAGUUCACAUUCCUGUCUUUGUCAUAAAAAUAGCAUGUGAAUAGAAAAGACUUACAAUUCUGUAGAAUUCUGUAUAAAAUGAAGCACCUUUGUAUAGGUGCAAUCUUGCCAGGCUCUUAGCUUACCUAAGUAAACUUUCAGUGAAAGUGGAAUCAUUAUAAAAUAUGUGAGAUUAUGUCAAUGUGCAGCUGUGCAGAAAAAUCUGACCUCAGUCAUGUACAAGAAGACAUUAAUCCUGCUGUUGGUGUAACCCAGUGCAUAUUAUUUUAAUAGUCUUUGCAGUAGAGGUAGAUCAUUUAGGAUGGGUUACAUGGUAAACCAAAGUGCAGUUCAUCUUUUCCUUUUACUGUAGAAAAUAGGAUAUGUUGUGUUAAGUAAUGCUUUAUUUGUAUUGGCAUGUAUGUUUUGUUCAGCAGUUAAUUCUGCUUACAGAGGUAGACAUAAAAGGCAAGGACUGCAGAAUAUGUAACAGUGAAUUGUUUAAAAAACAAACUGCAGUACUUUAGUGCCAAGCUAACUGUGUGUAUCAGGAAGAAUAAAGCUGCUUAAAAUUAUACUGAAUAUUUUUUGCUACAUAUUUGGUAAAUAGCUCCAGACAUGUACUUUGCUAGUGACUGACAGUGGCUUGCUUUGUUGUACAAACAGUUUGUGCAGAAAACAAAAACCCUAUUUAAGUAUCAAAACUUUAGACUUGAGUCUUUAGAUGUGUCUAAUUUUGCUUUGUUAUCAAGGUUGUUUUAUUUUAGUUAUGAGUAACUUUAGUUAUGAGGUGCAUCAUAGUUACCAGAAUUUGGAAGUGAUGUGGAUGCAAGAGCACCCUGAUGCUGAUGGCUGUUUAUUUCUGCUGAGUGCAUUUUGCUGGAGACUAGUUGAGUUAAGGAAUAUAAAAUAGCAUGUAUUAAAAUUUGAUAUAUAUAGUUUACUGAUUUUGUUGUCUCAUUUUCAUAUGGGAUAAUUAUUUUUUCCAUUACCCUUUUAAAUAUUCUUCUCAAAUACUGAAAAUAUUAUUUGUCCAUCUGUUAAACAGUUUUUAAUAUCUCAUUAUAUAAAAUGGUUUUCUUAAGAUUUGCAGAUUCUAAGCCAGAAAGCAAUAUGAAUCAUUUACUAAAAAAAAUCUUACUGUAAUUGCAUAAUAAACACCUUGAGCAGUUGCACUUUCCAUUUCUGAGAAAUCGUUAAUAAAAUGUGAACAUUUCUUAUUUACGUUCUUUGAUUAAGAUGGGCUCUUUCAUAUUUUCUAACAAUAUGCAUUUGAGAACCCACCUUAAGUGACUUUUGUGUGGCUGUCAUAGUAUUCUGGCUGCCUUAUGACAAUAUGAAUUUUAGAGUGGUUUUGUAUCUGAAAUAGUAAUUCACAAAUGUGAUAUACUUUGUUUAAAUUUUCUGCAAACUUUCUAUCAUAUCUCCCAUGCCAUUUGCCUCCAUGUGUCCUCCUUCCAUUAGGAGAACAGUUCUAUCUUACAGGCUUUCCAUUAACUGCCAUCAAUGCCUUUCUGUAAUUGUGCAGCUAGACAUGUCCUUACUGAUGAUAUUGUUUGUUUGUGGUUCUCCCCUUUUCUCUCCCAAAAAACUCCAAUAGUUAUUGGUAUUUACCUUGGAUAGUUCAAGUUUAAAGCAGGUUUGGGAUUUGAGCCCCUAACUGCUGAAAUAUAUAAUUGGUAGAUUGCUUCAGAGUCACACAGCUUCUUAUAGUUCUUCCUUUUAAAUAUCAGUUAAUAUAAUUGGAAUUUUAAAACUCUUGAGUAUAUGUUUUAAAAGAUUUUGAUACCGACAGUAUAUGGUAAGCUGUAAUGCCCAGUUCUACUGAUUCAUUUAAUUGUGCUUUUAGUUUUGCAGUCUAUGCUUACAAAUAUCAUCCCAAUUCAAAAUUAGAGAUCGCUCACUGAUGGUGUAAAAGCUGACCUAGUUGAUGCUAAAUAUUUAUGUUUCAGACUUGUCUACUGGCUUUUCAAACUGGUAAAUGUAAUUGCAAGCCGUUUGUACCAGGCUCCUUCAAAAUGUUCAAGUUUAUCUUAGGAAAAAAAUCAUACAACCUAUUGGCUGUGGCAUCAGAGGUACUCAGCUGUGUUUUUAUUCCAUGUGGACACCAUUCAAGAUUUGUUUGACUGUAAUUGCCCUCCAGGUCCUUGUGGUUUAGCAAAUGCAGUCUACCUUGUAGGGGAAAAUCAGAGUUGAAAUACAGCCCAAUCUAAUAUAAUUUCCUUUACACAGUUAAUUUAUAGCAGUGUUGUAAAUACUUUUGUUAUGUGUUUUAAAAUGAUUAAUUUAGGAAUGGUUAGUACUUUACUUUGAGAAUAGUCUCCAUAUUUGUAGUUUGGAGUUACGUUGAACCUUUAUUGCUGUUAUACCUCCAAAGUGUAAAUUUACUUCCACUCCAGGACACUUGCACUUGAGUUCAUGAUUUCUUCAUGAAUGUUGGGUAUAAAAAGCAACUGUAAACAAAGCAUUGUGCAACUGAAUAAAUGUUAUAGAUGCUGUGCUUGCAAAUGUUGGCAAAUGGACAGAUUAGGCAACUUUGCAUUAUUGGACUAAGCUACAGUUGUCAAAACAGUUUGGACCUCUGAAAUAUAUAAGAUUAAUAAUGGUGGUGCAAAGGCUUUCCUUAUAACUUCUGAUGUGAUUUUUUAAUGCUGGUUAACUUGGAAGAGGAAAUAUGUUUUCUUGCUGCCAUUGCCACUUUUAGUUAUGGAACUGAAUUGAGUCCUAUUCAGAGUAAAGUUACUGGACACAGGGAGGGGUGGAAAUAAUGGUUUGUAUACUUUUCUUCUUGUAGAAGUUAAAUGUAACUUUUAAUGCCAGUGCCUGCAAGCUCAAAUAAAGAAAUUGCAUCUAA